AUGCAGUGCAAAGCUGGACACAGCGGCGUGCAGGCGGAGGUGUUUGUCGAUCAUGGCGAGCUGUUCGGUGGGCAUUGUGUCGCCAAUCUCGAGAUCCGACAGUUGAGUCUCGCGUGUGUGCAGCUCAUUGCUCUCGCGCGGCCCAUCCAGGGCAUCCGUCGAAGGGAGGGCUCUAUCCUCGCUGCCUUCUGUAUCUUCAUGAUGCUCCGCGGCCGAGUCGUGGGUCUCGCCGCCGUCCCGCUCCAGCCCGUGCCGAGCGUGUUCGGCUUCGUACGCUCUCUCGGCUUCCCGGUCCAAGCGGUCGGCAUGUAG